AUACUGUAGCAGCUGAGAGCCAGAAGCUUAAGAGUGUUGAGAAUGAGGCAGCACUGCCUGGAAACCAUGUUCAUGAGUGAGAACACACAGAGGGGGGCAUGAAUUUAAGCCACGGCAAAACUAGAAGACCCCUGGCUGAGAUUGUGAGAAGGUACAACUAGGAAGCAAUGACAGAUGAUGUAGAGCAGCUAAUUACUGUGCUGAACUAGAGGACUCACGCCUGGACACGAGGGUUCACUGUCUCAGGGUUGGUAGGACAUAGGCAUCUGCCCAACGUGAACUCCAUAUUUCUACAGAUAUGAAGAUUGGACUUGUUACCUGGCUCUUCUUUCUGCUGCUGGGGAGCUUAUGGAGGGAGGCGCAACAGGCCCCAGAGAUUGAAAGGAACUGCGGAGAACGUGAAUAUUUUAACCUCCACCAAAGAAAAUGCUGCUCCAGGUGCCCCCCAGGCACAUACGCCUCCUCCCAAUGUAGUGCUAAAUCCGACACAAACUGCAAAUCAUGCCCCGUGGAUUCCUACAAUGAGAACUGGAUCUACGCCGAUAAAUGCAAAUUGUGUAAAUCCUGUCCUGAAGAUGCAGGACUGGUAGCCAUUGUGAAUUGCUCUGCCACCACUGCUGUUGACUGCGGCUGCCAAGAUGGCUAUGUGUGUGAGCUAGCCAGCCCACUGGGGGAGUGCAUGCACUGCAGACGUGUCACUAGCCCCGCACCUACAGUGGAAUUCUCCACAGAUCAGAGGAAAAAUGAAGGAAAUAAAGAUAAAAGGCCUACGGGUGCACCUGACAAUGGUACCCACUUUUGGAUUAUAAUCUCAGUGACUGUUGGCUUGAUCCUUUUAGGAUUCAUAAUAUUUUUGCUUGUGACCAAUACACGUGUUUUGAAGCGAAUAGUUCGAGUAAUGGGCAACGAGGACAACAAAACAUCAUCAUCCUUAGAUGCAACAGAUGCAAGGACAUUUCCGGAAAUAGUACUGUUGCCAGGGUCCAAUGGAACCCAGAGUACAGACCUGUCCCAAAAUCCUGCAGAAACAACCUCACACAAUACUGAGGAUAGUCUAAUGCAGAGUGUCCACCUCUUGGAUUCCACCAAGGGGCAAAGCUCUGACUAUAUCUCCUCUUUUAAAGUAGUCUCAGGCUGCUAUCCCCACCUUUCAAUUCCAGUUAUGUCUGAUGAUCAUCUUCAUUAUCCCAUACAAGAAGAACACAAAGCACCAGAGAUUGAAGGACCAGCAUCUACAUAAUGAACGGCUCAAGAAUCAGGGAAUCAUGUUGCAACCACCCCAUACGAUAGUAAAGUUUAAAACCUGUGCUUUGCAGUCUCAACAAUCUGGAGAGCAGUGGCUCCCAAAGUGGAGGGUGGCCUAGGCUGAAGGAGACAUUUGGGAAGAAUGUUCCUGGAAGAUCAGCUUGAGAUUUGAGGGUGAAGGUUGACUUCAAAUUCUUGGAACUAUAACUGAAUGGCAGAGACCAUGAUGUCUACAAUUUUGUGAUGAGCUAUGGAGGUCCCCUGCUUAUAUGAGGGGUCUCAAAGGUGGGACAUGACCUGAACAAGUCUGGAAAACACUGAUGUAGAGCAAAUGAGAGCUCAACUGAACAACUUUCAUCUGAUCUUGGACUCGGCUGUGGUGGUGGUUUGGAACACAAGCUUGAAGUUCAAUGACAGGGCUGUACAAAUUGGAGUCCUAUUUGUCCAAGGGCUCUGCUGGUUAAUGUGUGUGAUAUUUAUUUUUAAUAUGUAUAUUUGGCACCUACCUGGAAAAUUGGUGGACAAUACAUGAUUACAACAGCAUGGGAAUAUAUAACUUUAUGUGCCACUGGUCUCUGGAAAAAUGAAGUUAUGACCAAGGACCAUGACAGUUUCUGGAAGGGAAACUAGUGAUAGAAUACAAACCCCAUAUUACAUAUUACGCCCCAUGAUAUACCCAGACAUUCCUCUAUUUCACAAUCCACCAACCCCUGCGCACACCCUGCAAGCCCUGCUUUUUUACUACUCCUGAAUCAGGCUUUUCUAUCUCAGAGCCCCUGACUUCAGUACCCCCUCUACCCCAUCGUUGGAGGCCCUGAUCAAGAACUUCUGUUCCAUAAGGUUUGUGGAGAAAGAAAAUCACUGUAGCAACGAGCCAGGGUUAAGAGGCAGCUAGCUUUCAUUCUAUAGAGAACUUCAUUCAUUCACUCUUGGCCUUAUGUUGUUUGGAUUGAAGCCGGUGUAGAAACGCUCAACACUCCCUUCACCACUCGUGAAGUCCUCACUGCUCAAUCAAUACACUUGUGUACUCAGUUAUGAAGGGUUAAUGGGGCCUGGAAUUGUAUUUGAAUGGAGGGGGAAAUAAAAGUUAUGGAAAAAAGUGGAAAAAACAAAUAUAAAUAUAAAUAUAAAUAUGUGAGACACAAGGGAAAAUCCCCUGAAAUGAAUGGGCUGGAAUGUAAGUUUAUUGGCACUUAUCUUCUUUUCUGCACAAGCUGUGAAUAACUUCUCUAUAAUCGUAUCACUCAUUCCCUUUGUCACAGCCAUUAUGUGAGCUUGUUCAUUGUAUUUGCUUAUAGCUGGAUUCCCUGCAAAAAGCUGCCGAGCCAGCUCUGCAAAUUGCUCUGCUGUGGUUUAAAGGGCCAGUGCACCCUUAAAUACACCAGCAGUACAGGUGAAUGGCUGAGAGAGCAUUUUUUUGCACAUUUACUUACUUUUUUAGAAGUCUUUAAUUCCCCUUUAAUUUUUUAGUCUACCGAACAAAACUAGAAAAGUUGCACUACGCUCCAGGGCACAGGGUCUCUCCUAGGGAGCUGACAUUCAGGGGCACAUUUACUAAGCUCGAGUGAAGGAUUCGAAGUAAAAAAAAAUUUCGAAUUUCAAUGUUUUUUUGGGUACUUCCAUCGAAAAGGCUA